UACCUAUUCUUUGAAAAUUAUUAGUCUGUUAUUUGUUGAUUAAGGUAUUUACUCUUGAAGAAACUGCAUUACCAAGUUGAUUAGCGAUGCAGUUUUUAAGCCUUAAGUGUGCAGAAUUAAGGUCCCCCAACCGUAUGAUAAAACUUAAACGAUGGAGCAUGGUCAAUUCAACUAGAAAAGAUGAAAAAGGUAGAAAUAUUUUAGCUGAAUGCGAUAAAAAUCGAUUCAUUUAACUAAUCUAAUCGAUUCACGUAAAAUGGUUUGUGAUCAAUUACGUGAUAUCGAAAGGAAAAUAGAAACGUGUCAACCAAAUGACGAACAAUAUGAUGUGUAUGUGGAUGAAGUGAAAAGUCUUACAGAGACAAUCCAAUCGCAAACACAGCAGAUUAGUGAUCUGCAGCAAAAACUUAUCGAUGCCGGUGAACGGUCAUCAUCAACUGAUGCAGAAGGUGGUGGUGGUUGUGUCGGUGCAUCAGAUUCUAAUGGUCAAAUAUCGUAUCGUUUGGCACAAUUACAUAAUAUUCAAGAAGCACGAAUAGCUUUGAAAUAUUUAUUUAAAGAAGCGUCAUCAUCUGAAGUAGCAAAGAUGAAUUUAGAGACACAAGUGUCCGAGAUGGACACACAAAUGACUGCAUUGAAGCAAGAAAUGGAAAAUUUACGUGAAAGUUUUUCAACGGAAUUGUUAAAAUCUCAAACGAGUUGCUGUGACUUGAAAGAACAACUCCAAUCAAAGGAUAAAUCCAUCGAGCAAUUGAAAAGUCAAAAUGAUAAAUUACAAAAAGCCCUACAAGUUGCGCUCACCUCCAAUGUGAAUGCAUGCACAGAUUCUCGCCCUCCACCUUUAAUCAAUAAAGCUAACGGUUAUUUAAAUACGGAGGAUUAUAUUGAAGAUGUCAAGUCGCAUUGUCAAGUGACUAGUAAAUACGUAAAAAAAUUACAAGAAGAAAAUGCUGAAUUACGUGAAUUAAUUGCUAUUCAACGUGAAAACUUAGCAGAAAUGAAUUUACAAUCGCGUGAAUUGUUAAAUUCUCGACAGGCUGGUACACCAGUACUUCGGCAGAAUCAAAAUCUUAAUAAUAAUAAUGAGACAUUCAUUUUGCCAUCAAAUAAUGAUGAUGAUGGUGAAAAUUCUAAUGGAUGCAUAACGAACAAUGACCGUAAUAUAUCGCCUACAUUUAUUAAUAAACGUUCACAUAUCAGUUGUAAUGCGACGGAUACAGAUGAACCUGAUAGUAAAGUUAAAAAAUCCGAAAGUGAAGAGAAUCUUCAUUUCAAAGGAGAAGAAGAAGAGAACAGUAAUCCAACUGUCAAUGAUGACUCACAACAACGUCAAUGUAAAUGUCGUGGAAAUUGUCAGUCACGCUGUAGUUGUAAACGUUCUGGUCGUUUAUGUACUCCAGCGAAUUGUCAAUGUCUUCCUGGCAUAUGUCAAAAUCGUUCAACACCAUCAGCGACAACGACAGCUACUACUGGCCUUGAUGAAGACAAUAAGGAUUUGGGAUUAUCAUCAAAAAGUUCAACAGUUAUGGCUCCGCCCUCCGAUGUUCCGAGAAUUCUGCGUCCUAAACGAAAAACUCGUUCAUUACAAUUGAAUUUAUCUCCACCACCACAACACCAACAACAAAAAAAGAAAUCCCAGCCAUCGCGUGGUUUGAAUGAAACUUAUGAUUUAGAUAAAAAAAAUCCUCAGAUACAGAAAAUGAACACUGUCAGUUAUCAACAUCACCAUCUACUCCAGAUGAGAUAACUGAUGCCAGUGUUGUACGUCACUUAUGGCCAAAAUAUCGUGUAUCAUUCUUCCCGAGUCCAUCAUUAACUCCUGAUCUGUAGAA